AUGACAAAGGAUUGUAUUGUCCUAUCACCCAUCUUUUACAUCAGAUUCAUCAGUGGCACCAAACCCAGAAACCAAACAGCUGUUUCAGAAUUCCUGCUCCUGGAACUGACAGAUGAUCCGACACUGCAGCYGCUUCUCUUCAGCCUCUUGCUGUCCAUGUACCUGGUCACGGUGCUUGGGAACCUGCUCAUCAUCUUGGCCAUCAGCUCUGACUCCCACCUCCACACCCCCAUGUACUUCUUCCUCUCCAACCUGUCCUUGACUGACAUCUGCUUGAGCACAAUCACCAUCCCCAAGAUGCUGGUGAACAUCCAAGCCCAGAGUCGGAGCGUCUCCUACACAGGCUGCCUCUCCCAGGUCUUCUUUUUCUUGUUUUUUCUUGUCUUGGAAAAUUGUCUCCUCACAGCAAUGGCCUAUGACCGCUAUGUGGCCAUUUGUCACCCCCUGAUGUACACCAUCAUCAUGAAUCCUUCCCUCUGUGUGAUGYUSSUUCUGAUCUCCCUCUUUCUCAGCACUGUGAAUAGCCUCCUCCACACUCUGAUGGUGCUGCGACUGUCCUUCUGCACAGACCUGGAGAUCCCUGACUUCUUCUGUGAACUUUCUCAWGUCAUUAAACCUGCCUGUUCUGAUACCCUCAUCAAUCAUAUUUUGAUUUAUUUUUCCUCUGUCAUAUUGGGUGGUAGUGCUCUCUUUGGGAUCAUUUUUUCUUAUGCUCAAAUUGUCUCUUCUCUAUUGAGAAUGCCAUCAGCUGGGAGAAAAUAUAAAGCCUUUUCCACCUGUGGGUCUCAUCUCUUAGUGGUCUCCCUGUUCUAUGGCACAGGUUUUGGUGUAUACCUUAGCUCGGUGACUGAGUCAUCCAGGAAGACAGCAGUGGCUUCAAUGAUGUACUCUGUGGUCCCUCAAAUGCUGAACCCCUUUAUCUACAGCCUGAGGAACAGGGACAUGAAGGAGGUUUUGGGAAAAAUAUUUUGUAGGACAACAUUUUUAAGGUGUUUUUCACCAUAA